UCAGUUGAGGUUAAGGAGCUGUCCGUUCAGCAGCACCAGGAGCUGAUAUGGCCCUUUGGGAAAGAACGAGACACAAUAUGCAAAAGUAGGCAGAGGAAAAUGAACGAGGACUAGAUGCACUGGAAGGCAACAGCACGGUUAUCAUAAAGCAGACGUCAAAGCCGUCGGUUUGAAUAAAUCGUGCAGAUUUGAAGCAUUUGGGUGGCAGCAGGCGGACAUACGUAGAGAAGACGGAGACUUUCAGUCAGUGACGCUGAGCUGCACAACAACAAGCCUUCACCUUGCUUUCUACACUAGACUAUCCUGAAUUUGUAUCCGUAAGAACUGCAUUUUUGGGGUUUUUUUUUUUUUUUUUUUUUUGCACAUUGCAAGAGAAGCUCUGCGUCCUCCAGGUAUAGCGAUCCGUCAUGAACUCUGGAAGCAGGCACUGAGACGAGACAGAGAUGCUGAUGUUUGGGACGCUCCAUCGCCUCCUCCUGGCUGGGACCUGUCUCUGUGUCUAUGGAACCCCUGUCCGCCUCCCAAACUUCACCCCCACUCAGGACAGCGGCUGUGACGAGCAGUGUGCCGUCUUAGUAACAACUGUUGGGUCAACGAACGCCCCAGAUGUAAAGUCUGAACCCUCAGAUACAGGUGCAGGAGGAGGGGCUGGCUCACAUGGACAACCUCAGGCGAUAGCUCCAGUGACGCAGACAGAAAACGGGGACAGCCUUGAUGGGAGAUUUGGGCCGAGUGAAGUAGGCGGAGAGGCGUGGAGCCAAAAGAGCGAGGUAAAGAAGGUCGGGAGCAUGUCUGAGAUGGGAGACGCUCAGAGACAGUCGGAGGCAGCUUCAGUGCUGCCUGUUGAUCCAGAGGGUAGAAAGGAGGACAAACCUGUCACCAGUGGGCCUAUAUUAAGUUCUACAGGUGGGAGAAAGCAGCUGGACAUAGCCGUGAGUAUCACAAGGUUGACUCCAGAUGGAUUUUUACCCUCCUCCACAGCACCACCACAGCUGAGCAUCACAGCCAGAGAGAGCAAAGACCAAGGUGGGGAGGACCCAACAAAGCUACCUGGUCGUGGUGAUUCUCUCCAGGAUAAAGACCCAGAAACAAGCUCACCAUCCUCUACAGAACCUCCAAAUCCUGGAGCACGGGUCCAGAAACUGACCUCCCACAGUCCCAUCCCGCCAUCGGUUUUUGUCUCCUCCACACCUUUGUCAAUUUGGGGCCACGAUGGAGCUACAAUAUCCUCCCUCCCAGAUCCCCUGUUACCUGAAAUUGGACCAAACCUGAUGCCCAGAGAGGAUGGGCCAGAAAGCCUGUGGACUGAGGCAGCGAGGCCCAGUGGAGUGGACACUGUGGUCCCGCUGUCUCAGGAUGAAGCCACAGAGGGCACCAUGUCAUCGGAGGCUCUCCCUCUCAUCUUUGAGCCUUUUGAUGAUGUCACACCAGAGGGGGCACCUGCAGAAGCGGCAGCGGUCACACUGGUGGCCGGCAGCGCUCAGCCUCCUGCUGCCAUGGUGACCGGAGGAAGGCCUGUGUCAGAGGUGGACCUGGACCAGCUGGUCACCGUGGAGACAGACAGCGAUGGUCCCUCGCAUGCCCCACCCCUGCUGAUGCCAGACUGGACGUCACCUUGGCAGACGUCUGGCGCUGAGCUUCUGGAGCCAAUCAGCUCCUCUGGUCCGUCUGUUUCACAGCGACAAGCCAGAACUGAGUCGGAGGAUCAUUCUGAGAGAGGCGCUGUGAGGACGCCAAACCUUGAAGAGAACUUGCCCACCACCGGCCCCUCCUUCUCAUCCCUCCAGCGUGCUAUGACAACGGUUGCCAUGGCAACCCAUCAGUCGAUGCACAAAUCCAGAUCAGGGUUAGAGGAGGUGGAGUCUGAGGAGGAGCCAGAUGAAGAUGAGGACGAUGAGAACUCUGAGGAAUCGGUGGAGGAUGAGAGUGAAGAGGACCUAACUGAAUCACCUAAAACAUCCUCAACGCAGCCUCCUUAUAGCCUCAUCCCUCCACCUCCUGUCUGGGUUCAACGCAACCAGGGGCUGAUGAGGAGCUGGGUAGAGCUAAUCAGAGAAAAGGCGGGUUAUGUGUCUGGGAUGUUGGCCCCUGUGGGCAUUGGCAUCACUGGAGCCCUGCUAAUCGUCGGCGCCCUCUACAGCAUCCGGAUGAUUCACCGCAAAAGAAGGAACAGCUUCAAACACCAGAGGAGGAAGGUCAGACAGCCAGAGGUCAAUACGCUACUUCAACCUCGAGAGCCCGGAACCAGCCGUCAGGACCAGGCCAUGUUGCUGGCUGACAGCUCCGAGGAUGAGUUCUGAUGAGACCCUUUUGGCCUCCUUUUGUCGGUGACCAAUGGCUGAUGCGCCUGUAAAGGAGGCUCUGCGAACACCCCCGUCGCUAUGACUACCACAUCUCCUACCACCCUGGGCUGUUUGGCUAUGACUCAUCUGAUCCACAGAGUAUGACUGCGUAUAGGACACAAUUUGCACAGGCUGCGCAACGGUCAGCUUCGUAUUCCCCCCUCUUUCUAAAAGUACCAAUGUGAGCACUUUUCUGAAUGUUGUUAGGUGAUUUGACUAAUGGCUGCUCGUAAAAACAAAAUGCAUUAGUAUGGUAUUGGCAGGAUAAAAGUGUUGCCGGUAAAUUAAGGUUUUGGCUUUGUGGAGUUGAGGGGGAAAGUGUGGACCAGCGGGUUUUCUGUCAAGUAAUAAAAAAAAAGGGCUGUAGAAGAGUUACACUACAUAAACAAUGUAAAUAUAUGUACUGUAUAUGUAGCUGACUUGGGGUCAGUCGUGUUAGUGUAAAUAAAGUUUUAAUUCUUGCUACAUAUCUAAGAUUUUUCAAGGAAUUGUUUAACAUUUUGGGAAAUACGCCCAGUCGUUUCUUGCCGAGAGUUAGAUGAGAAGAUAGAUACCACUCUCAUAUUUGUCCGUUAGCUGGAGCUAGCAGCCGGUUAGCUUAUCUUAGCAUAAAG